UUAGACAUCCGUCACUGGUACAAAAGUAUAAAUAAGAACACACGGGAUCUUCGCAACAUCACAAGAAGCCAUACGACAUGAUUAAGUUGGUCUAUCUUGCGGCGUGUUUGCUCUGUAUUGGGGCGCAACUGGCGGAUAAAGACGAACGUCCGAAACCAUUUAAGUUCGAAUACACUGCACAAGGACCCAACGGUACGAGCAAUCACUUGGCGCAAGGAGACGAAAAUGGCAGAGUUUUAGGGAGUUACGGGUUGAAUCUAGCCGACGGUAGAUUCAGAAUAGUGAAAUAUAUCGCCGACGAAAACGGUUACAGAGUGGAGAGCAUCGAAACCAACGAACAAGGUACCAGAAACGAAAAUCCUAAUGACGUCAAUUUUUAUUCUUCUUACGAAGAACCUAAGCAACCCGCUCAACCUGUACGUCACGUAACGCCACGACCCAGAGCCACCACAAAACCACCUAAGGGUAAAUUUGUACUGGUUGCAGAGGAUUACUUGAAGCAACUAGGCGGUGCCGGUCAGUAAACCGUUAUAUUUCUAUCGUUAAUCACACGAGAAAAUAUAUGGUUUCUACAAAGAAUGGUUCGUCGGGGACAAAUGCCUUCAAAACUAUAUAAAAAAAAUUAAAAAAUUAUA